AUGAGCAAGCCAAAGACAGCAGUUCCAAGUCUCUCUCCAAGUAAGGAGAUUAUGGAAUUGAAAUCACUAAAGCGCCAGCGAACUGUUGCGAAAAAUAGUAUAGUGCGCAUAAAAACGGGUCUCCUCGAUAAAACAAUGUCGUUAGAUCCAAUUGAAUUGGAGUGUCGACUGGACAUUUUGAACUCUCAUAGCGAUAAGCUUAUGAAGUGCCAGUCGAAAAUUGAAGAAAUCGACGAGGAAGACAUAGCCCGUGGGGAGUUAGAGGACCUAAUAGUGGAAACUAAGUCCGUUAUAAAAUCUAUUCUGGCGAGAAAUAAAUCGUUAAUAGCCGAAUCAUCCUUUGUUGCACCUCACAGCUCGCGACUACCGAAAAUGUCGCUACCGAAAUUUAAAGGGGAAUAUUCAGAAUUUAAAAAUUUUAUGAGUCUGUUCGAGAGUUUGGUGCACAACGAUCCUACAAUCCCAGACAUUGAGAAAUUUAAUCACUUGGUUAACUGUCUGUCUGGUGAAGCUUUGGGAACGCCAUCUGCGCUUUCAUUGCGCACAAUGAUUGAUACAGUGUCGGCUGUUUACGACUCGUUGCUGUCGUUAGGUGACGAGAAAAACAUCACAAACGCUAUCAUAAUUCAUCUGGUAAUGUCAAAAGUUGACACCGUUACUCGGUCAAAGUGGGAGGAACAGUUGGAUUAUGAUAAGCUGCCAUUAUGGCGUGAGUGUGAGGCAGCAUUAAAUAAACGCUACCAACAUUUAUCUGCCGAUGAAGCCUCAACGUCGAGGCUCAAGCCGUCAAGCAGUCACAGCAUUCAGAAACCCCACCUUCAUGCAGGAAGGACGAAAGCUGCCUUAGUGACUUCAAAUAUAAAACAGCCGGUGUGUCCGCACUGUAAAUCAAAUGAUCAUAGUAUACCCGCGUGUCCUACUUUUAAAACUCUCUCUGCUCAGCAGCGAUUUGAGUUUGCUAAAUCAGUCCCCUUAUGCAUAAAUUGUUUGCGAAAGGGGCACUCAGUUUCAAAGUGCAAAGCGGAUCGGUGUCGUGUUUGCAACCGUUCGCAUCACACGUUGCUGCACCAGUACCCUGUAUCCUUUGCAACUGCACCACAACUUUCGACCUCGCAUGCCAUGCACACGACGAGUACGCCAGAUCGGGUUAUGUUGGCUACAGCCGUAGUCAACGUAAAAGGUAGCCUUGCUGCACGAGCCUUGCUGGAUUCUGGAUCUCAGGUGAAUUUCAUGACAGAGGAUUUGGCGCAGAAAUUACGAAUUCGUCGCAAAAGUACGACCUUAAAUAUUAUCGGCAUCGGAAAUGCAACCAAAAAAGUAAGGACGAAAUUAAAUACAUUUGUAAAAUCGCGGGUCAAUAAUGAUGAGUUUUCGGCACAGUUUUGGAUAAUGCGAUCCAUUUCAGCCAGCCAUCCAGAUCGUAACGUAAAUAUUAAUGGCUGGAAAAUUCCUAAAAACAUUAGCUUAGCGGACCCAGAAUUUUAUAAGGCUCAAAAGGUAGAUCUUUUGUUAGGUGCUGAAACAUUUUUCGAGCUUUUAGCUGUAGGCCAGAUCAAGGCCAGCUCCAAUCACCCAACAUUGCAAAAGACACUUUUAGGCUGGGUUGUGUCUGGCAAAUACGCCUCCAACCAACGUCCUCCUCCCACAGUCAGUAGCACAUUAUGCCAUACUGAACAAGAUCUAGCAAAUAUAGAUUCCAUUGUCCAAAGGUUCUGGGCGAUGGAAGAAAUACCUUCAGGGGCUAGUUCGACAAAAUUCACACCUGAACAAAUAGAGUGUGAAAAAUUUUUCGUAAAAACCACUAAAGUUUUGCCUUCAGGAAGGCUUCAAGUAAGACUGCCUUUCAAAGAUGACCGUAAGUUACUCGGUAAUUCCUAUGAAACCGCGUCUCGGCGGAGAGAAAGACCUUGA